AGGCUGCUCGAGGAAACUGGCUGGGCAGGGUAGCUCUGUGAAAUCAGCGUCUUUUAGCAACAUUAAGCGGUAUUAACAGGUCUAAAACGUUUCAAAAUAAAAGUAUUCCGUUUACUUGAAAACAAUACCACACAGUAUAUUUUGGUUGAGCAGCUAGCAAAUCAAAUUGUAUUUGUUACAUGCUUUGUAAACCAAGACAAAAAAGACAAGGCCGAUGGUAAAGUCUACUUCUGGAGAAACCCUGACAAAAGAGGUCCUGCUCCCCCUCUCCAAGACAGACGCAGGAGGGAUGCCGCUUACUUCUAUCCACCCUUGUCUGAUCAACGCUCUACAACCAGCGCCUCAUCGGCUUCCAGCGGUAGUUCUUUUAUUCAACGAGAGACUGGACGGACGGAAGGGCGGAGGAGGCCGCAGGCACACGCGCAUCGAUGAGAUGUCGCACCCGACGGGAUAAUCUGUAAUGGCUACUACUGAGAAUGCAGAGACGUGUUCACCAGAAAACAAAGGAGGCCAUCAUGGGAGUGCUGCCCCAGACACAAAGUGCCCAAAGAAAGUCCAGUAUUGUGGCGUGUGCUCCUUGCCAACAGAGUACUGUGAGUACAUGCCUGAGCCAUCCAAAUGCAGGCAGUGGCUGGAGAAGAACUUCCCAGAUGUGUUUGCCAGGAUGAGUGUAGGUCCGGUAGGAAAUGCUUCCAAGCAGGACACUGGCGGUGUAGAGGUGCCCCUUGUUGGAGAGGAGGAUGAAAAGAAGAAGCAGAAGAGAGAUCAUCUGUAAUGGCUACUACUGAGAAUGCAGAGACGUGUUCAUCAGAAAACAAAGGAGGCCAUCAUGGGAGUGCUGCCCCAGACACACAGUGCCCAAAGAAAGUCCAGUAUUGUGGCGGCAAGAACUACUGGGCAUUUUCCGAAAUGACACCCUAUUCCCUAUUCUUCACGGACCUCCCGGUCACGGCCGGUUGCGACAGAGCCUGGGCGCAGAGUCUCUCGUGGCACAGCUGGCGCUGCAGUACAGCGCCCUUAACCACUGCCCCACCCAGGAGGCCCAAUGGCACCCUAUUCUAGUGAUCUAUACAUGCUCAUGGCCAAUUCCUAAAACAUUGAUUUGCGGUAUCACAUGAUUGUCAAGGUCUAACACCUCUGUUGUUAGUUUUCCAGUGUGCUCCUUGCCAACAGAGUACUGUGAGUACAUGCCUGAGCCAUCCAAAUGCAGGCAGUGGCUGGAGAAGAACUUCCCAGAUGUGUUUGCCAGGAUGAGUGUAGGAAAUGCUUCCAAGCAGGACACUGGCGGUGUAGAGGUGCCCCUUGUUGGAGAGGAGGAUGAAAAGAAGAAGCAGAAGAGAGGUGGAUGACGACAUCAUUGAAGAUCUUGGAGAAGUCAAGAAGUGAAGACCCGACGUGCACUUUUACUGAAAAUGGACGCAACAUGUAACAACCUGGCCAAAUGUACACAUUAACAUUAAAAAGGAGUCGUUUUAUAUCUAUUUUAUUUACUGUAUAGAAACUGUGGACUUGGCCACUCCCUUUUGGCAUUUUUCAGUUCUUGAUAGCUGCUGCCUGUCUCUCUCAGUCGCCAAAGGUCUGGUCUGAUGUGAUUCCUUCCCAAACGCUUUUCAAUCAGCAAAAUUUUAGGGUAAUAAAUGUCGCUCAUUCACUUGCUCA